AUUGUGUAUAUGGGAUCACUUCCUAAAGUUGAAUACACGCCAUUAGCUCACCACCUCAAUUUGCUACAAGAAGUUAUUGAGACUAGCUCUCUAGAAAAUGUGCUGGUUACAAGUUACAGUCGGAGUUUCAAUGGAUUUGCUGCUAAACUUUCUGAAAAUGAGGCACAAAAGCUCUCAAACAUGAAAGGAGUAGUAUCAGUUUUCCCAAGUAAAACUUAUGAGCUUCAUACAACAAGAUCAUGGAGCUUUAUGGGGUUAGAUGAGAAUGCAACUCGAAACGCUAACGUUGAGAGCAACGUUAUCGUUGGAGUUCUUGAUACCGGCAUUUGGCCGGAAUCCGACAGUUUUAAUGAUACCGGUUUUGGUCCUCCUCCUAAGAAAUGGAAGGGGAGCUGUGAGGGAGGACAAAAUUUUACUUGCAACAACAAGAUAAUCGGAGCAAGGUUUUACAAAACAGCCGGAGAAUCCACACGGGACAUCGAAGGUCACGGAACACACACCGCAUCAACGGCAGGCGGAAACAAAGUAAACGACGCCAGUUUCUUCGGCAUCGCGCAAGGCACCGCCAGAGGCGGCGUACCUUCCGCAAGAAUCGCCGCAUACAAAGUAUGUGGAUCCGACGGAUGCACAAGCCAAGACAUUUUGGCCGGAUUCGACGACGCCAUUGCCGACGGAGUUGACAUUAUAACCGCUUCACUCGGAAUCAGUUCUGCCGAAGAAUUUCACCGGGAUCCGCUCUCCAUCGGAGCUUUUCAUGCGGUGGAGAAAGGUAUUUUUGUCGCUCAGUCUGCGGGUAAUAGUGGUCCGGUUAAAGGAUCCGUUUCGAGUGUAGCGCCGUGGAUACUCACCGUCGCGGCGAGCAGUACUGAUCGGCGGAUUGUUGAUAAACUUGUUCUUGGAAAUGGAAAGACACUAAUUGGAAAUUCUGUUAAUGCUUUUACCUUGAAAGGAGAUAGCUUUCCUUUAAUACAUGCCAUUGAUGCAGCAGGAGGAGACUGCAAACCUGAGGAUGCUAGGUUUUGUACAAGUAAUUGUCUAAAUAGUAACUUAGUGAAGGGCAAGAUUGUAAUUUGCGAGGAUGGUAGUGGAGAAUCUGAAACUGAAAGAGCUGGUGCUGUUGGGGCCAUCUUACCAAGUGAUGGAACAGAUGAAGAUGUUUCUUAUGUUUCUUCAUCUUCAUUCUUAUAUUUAACUAAUGACAGUUUUAGUACUGUCAUUUCCUACGUCAAUUCUAAAAGUGAGCACACGGCAAACAUAUUGAAAAGUGAAUCUAUGAAUGAUUCUUCGGCACCUCUGGUUGCUUCUUUCUCCUCGCGCGGUCCGAAUACGAUUGUGUUUGAUCUAUUGAAGCCGGAUAUCAGCGGACCAGGGAUAGAUAUUUUGGCAGCUUAUCCUCCGAAUGUUCCACCAUCGUCAGUUUCUAGUGAUGAGCGUCAAGUGAAAUUCAACAUAGUUUCAGGAACAUCUAUGUCUUGUCCACAUGCUGCUGGAGUAGCAGCUUAUAUUAAGUCAUUUCACCCUGAUUGGUCUACUUCAGCUAUCAAAUCUGCUAUCAUGACAACCGCUACUCCGAUGAACGGCAGCGCAGAUGCUGAAUUCGGCUACGGUUCCGGCCACUUAAACCCAUCAAAAGCCAUUAAUCCUGGGCUAGUCUACGAGGCUCAUAAAGAAGAUUACUUAACAUUUCUCUGCGGUCUAAACUACACCCAAGACGCCAUCAGAAUCAUCUCCGGCGACAACACAACUUGCCCAGAAACCACCAAAAACUACUCUCCGAGGAACCUGAAUUACCCUUCCAUGGCGGCCAAACUUGAAGCUAACAAGGCCGUUUCCGUCACUUUUAACAGAACCGUUACUAACGUCGGCGUCGCUAAUUCUACGUACAAAGCAAGUGUUUAUACGAGCUCCAAAUUUAAAAUCAGUGUGGUGCCGGAAACGCUGUCGUUUAAAGGAGUUAAUGAGAAGCAGUCGUUUGAAGUUAGUGUCGUUGGCGACGGUUUGAAGAGCGAUGAGAUUACGUCAUCUUCGUUAGUUUGGUCUGAUGGAACUCAUAAUGUGAGGAGUCCUAUUGUUAUUUACGCAUGAUUUUUUUUAUAUGAUU